AUGGAGUUUUCCAACACUUCCCAGAACAACAUCUUUAUGCACCAUGACUACUUGGAUGACUUCCUGCAAGACAAUGAGACCAACUCCAGCGGCGCAGAACCCACCUCCGCAGGCUGCUUCCAGCUGCAGAUCCCACAGGAGCUCUUCCUGUCACUGGGCCUCAUCAGCCUGGUGGAGAAUAUCCUGGUCAUAGUGGCCAUAAUCAAGAACCGAAAUCUUCACUCGCCCAUGUACUACUUCAUCUGCUGUCUGGCCGUAUCCGACAUGCUGGUGAGCGUCAGCAACGUGGUGGAGACUGUCGUCAUGCUACUGCACGACCACGGCCUGCUGGACGUGCAACCGGGCAUGCUGCGCCACCUGGACAACGUGAUCGACGUGAUGAUCUGCAGUUCGGUGGUGUCGUCGCUCUCCUUCCUGAGCACCAUCGCGGCGGACCGCUACAUCACCAUCUUCUACGCGUUGCGCUACCACAGCAUCAUGACCAUGCAGCGCGCCGUGGGCAUCAUGGCGGCGGUGUGGCUGGCCAGCAUCACCUCCAGCAUCUUCUUCAUCGUCUACCACACGGACAACGCCGUCAUCGUGUGCCUGGUGACCUUCUUCUGCUCCAGCCUGGUCUUCAACGCUGUGCUCUACCUGCACAUGUUCCUGCUGGCGCACAUACACUCACGCAGCAUCACCGUCAACUUCCGCAAGAAGCGGCGUCCGUCCACCAGCAUGAAGGGCGCCAUCACGCUCACCAUCCUGCUCGGCGUCUUCAUCGUAUGCUGGGGACCCUUCUUCCUGCACCUCAUUCUCAUCCUCACCUGCCCCACCAGCCCCUUCUGCAACUGCUUUUUCCGGAACUUUAACCUCUUCCUCAUCUUGAUCAUCUGUAACUCGCUUAUAGACCCUCUCAUCUACGCCUACAGGAGCCAGGAGCUGCGCAAAACUCUACAGGAGCUGCUCCUGUGCAGCUGGUUCUUGGGUGUGUGA